CCGCCUGUUGGAGAACUGCGAUUCCAGAAGCCACAAGAAGUACAGAAAUGGGAUGGCGUCUGGGACGCGACAGAGUAUGGACCUGCUUGUAUGUCAAAUUCAUCAACAACGACAAGUCCACAAAAAUGGGUAGAUGAGGACUGCCUACACCUCAACAUAUUUGCUGGUGCUGACUGUCUGGAAAAAUCGUGCCCCGUGGUUUUUUACAUCCACGGUGGUGGAUUCAACUACGACUCGGCCGUGAUGUUCAAGGACGAGGCGCUGGUCAACAACUUUGGAGGAAACGGAGUUGUUCUGGUGAUCCCUGGAGUGCGACUCGGAUUUUUCGGCCUACUGACUUUCGCCUCGGAUGACAUCGUUCCAAGAAACCUAGGCGGCAUACGAUCUUCUGGCUGCUUUGCAAUUUGUUCAGAAGGAAAUUCACCAUUUUGGAGGUGA